CGGUUGCCUAGGCAACCGACACCCCGGGCAACGGCAGGCGGGGGCGGGAGGGGGCGUGGCCGCGGCGGGCGAGCAACGACGGGAGGAGGCGUCCGCCGCGGCGCUGCGAGCACCGCCCGUCUGCGCGGCCGGGCGUAGGCGGGGUGGCCCCGGCGUCUCCCGCUGCCUUGAAAAACCAGGGCGGGCGAGCGAGGCUGCGGGCCCGGCCGCUGCCUUUCCCCACCCUCCCGGCCAGGCCGAGGAGCCUCGCUCGGCGCCCAACAUGGCGGGUGGGCGCUGCGGCUCGCAGCUAACGGCGCUCCUGGCUGCCUGGGUCGCAGCGGCGGCGGCUACGACAGGCCCCGAUCAGGCCGCGCUGCCGGCAGAGCAGAGCCGGGUCCAGCCCAUGACCGCUUCCAACUGGACGCUGGUGAUGGAGGGCGAGUGGAUGCUGAAAUUUUAUGCCCCCUGGUGUCCAUCCUGCCAGCAGACUGAUUCAGAAUGGGAGACUUUUGCAAAGAAUGGUGAAAUUCUUCAGAUCAGUGUGGGGAAGGUAGAUGUCAUUCAAGAGCCAGGUUUGAGUGGCCGCUUCUUUGUCACCACUCUCCCAGCAUUUUUUCAUGCAAAGGAUGGGAUAUUCCGCCGUUACCGUGGCCCAGGAAUCUUCGAAGACCUGCAGAAUUAUAUCUUAGAGAAGAAAUGGCAAUCAGUUGAGCCUCUGACCGGCUGGAAAUCCCCGGCUUCUCUAACGAUGUCUGGAAUGGCUGGUCUUUUUAGCAUCUCUGGCAAAAUAUGGCAUCUUCACAACUAUUUCACAGUGACCCUUGGAAUUCCUGCUUGGUGUUCUUACGUCUUUUUCGUCAUAGCCACCUUGGUUUUUGGCCUUUUCAUGGGUCUGGUCUUGGUGGUAAUAUCAGAAUGUUUCUAUGUGCCGUUUCCAAGACAUUUAUCGGAGCAUUCUGAGCAGAAUCGGAGGUCGGAGGAGGCUCAUAGGGCUGAACAGUUGCAGGAUGCAGAGGAGGACAAAGAUGAUUCAAAUGAAGAAGAAAACAAAGACAGCCUUGUAGAUGAUGAAGAAGAGAAAGAAGACCUUGGCGAUGAGGAUGAAGCCGAGGAAGAAGAGGAGGAGGACAACCUGGCUGCUGGUGUGGAUGAAGACAGAAGUGAGGCCAAUGACCAGGGGCCCCCAGGAGAGGGCAGUGCGACCCAGGAGGAACUAGAGCCUGAGGAGCCUGAAGAAGCCAUCUCUGAGCAGCCCUGCCCAGCUGACACAGAGACGGCGGAAGACUCCUUGAGGCAACGUAAAAGUCAGCAUACUGACAAGGGACUGUAGAUUUAAUGAUGGGUUUUCAAGAAUACAGACCAAAACAAUAUGUCAGCUUCCCUCUGGCCUGCAGUUUGAACCAAAUCCUUAAUUUCUCCUAAAUGAGCAAGCUUCUCUCUUAAAAGAUGCUCUCUAGUCAUUUGGUCUCAUGGCAGUAAGCCUCACUUAUGCUAAGGAGAGUCAGGUGUGACAGUCAGGAUAUAGACAAACAAACGUAGUGUUGGGAUCUGUUUGGGGGCUGGGAUGGGAACAAGUUCAUUUACUUGGCGGCGAGAAAGUCUUGACUAGAGGAGGCCACUCCCAGCCCUAAAUAGCACCUUCUACAGACAAGGCUGCAGGCCGAGAAAUAAAAGCAAAGCAAGAGCGUUGGAUCCUGAGCAUCCUCAAAGCGUAGCAUAGAAGCCUUACUUCCUUGUCUUGUGUAAAUGAUUUAUUUUUGUCAAACUGCAAGAAACAUCAGGCACCACAGUGCAUGAACACUCAACAGAUAGCAGUUGAGAAGGCCUUGGGUAUAGAAAGGAGCUCAGAAGUCAUCGCAGCCCUCUGACUCUCCUGUGUCAUGUUUUAUUUCUUACCUUUAAUUUUUCCAACUUUUCCACCAUGGGAGUUCAGGCUUUCCACACUCUUCACAAUUACCUCUUGGUUAGAGGACUCCGAUAGCAACCAGGUUUACAUGAACUAUGUUGCUUAUUCUGACCUAUGGGUUUAGGUAAUCAGUAACCGUAACCCAUGAGGCCAUGACCACCAAACAUCUCAAAUGAAAUGUUGCAGCCAUCAGAGAUUCAAAAGGAAGUAAGGAUUUUACAAGACAGAUUUAAAAAAAUUGUUUGGCCAAAAUACAGUGUUUUUAUUUUUUUAAGUUUCCUUAACAAUAUUCUUUUUCAAGCCAGAAGUCCUCUAAGUCUUGCCAGUAUAAGGUGGUCUUGUGAAGAAAAGUUGAAACUAUUUUGUUUUGUUUUCAUCUCAAGGGGUUCCCUGGGUCUUGAACUACUUUAAUAAUAACUAAAAGCCACUUCUGGUUUUCCUCCACUGUUGUGCUUUUGGUGAAAGAAUUAAUGAACUUCAGUAUCUGAAAGUGAAAGAUUUGAUUUUGUUUCCAUCUUCUGUAAUCUUCCAAAGAAUUAUAUCUUUGUAAAUCUCUCAAUACGCAAUCCACUAUAAGUCCCCAGGGAGCCUAAUUUCUUUUAAAAAGUCUAUCCAUUUAUUUUUCUCUUACCUGAUUUUUGUAUUAGAAUAAAUUCGUGAAAUUAGAUUCCAAGCAUA